AUUUUCCGAGACGAUGGACGUCGCUGCGCCCAAGCCCCGCGGCCGGCCGCCCAAGUCCAAGCGCCCGCAGUCGGCCGCCGAGAUGAAGGAGCACCAGCGGCUCCAGAACCGCCUCAAGCAGCAGCGCUUCCGCGAGCGCUUCUUCAUCGAGCGGGACGCGCUCCAGGACCAGCUCCACGCGCUCCAGGCCGAGGUCGCCGCGCUGCCCAAGCCCACGACCAAGAUCACCAAGGCGCUACCGUGGAGCGAGAUUGCGUCCAUCUUUGCCGAAGCGUCCAACGAAGCGCUUGAGGAGCACCGUGGCUUGAAGGCCAAGCAGCGCAAGCUGCUCCAGCUCAGCGAGCGCAUGGCAGCCUGGGUCGCGUCCAUGUCCUCGACCGUCGCGCCGAAAACGCUUCCGAAAGGCACAGUCUGGGGCCAAACGACGCUGCUCGCCGAGCCAACGAGCCGCCGGCUGGGCCUCGACUGGUACAGCCAGCAUUUACUUCACAACACGGACCGGAUGCUGCAGUACAGCGAGUUUCCGACGCAUGGGAACCUCGCGGAUACCGUGAUCCUCGAUGGGCAGCACGACUCGGUCAAUGUUGUCAUGCGUAUCCAGCACGAGUUUGAUCUGCCGCUGGACGCCGUCAUGACGGGCAUGCGCGACCCGAUCUGGUCGCUGCUCCGCGGCGACACGCGGCCGUACAUGGUCGAAUUUAUGAACGAAGAGCUGGUCCAGAGCAUUGAUACCAACAUGAUUUACCGCCGCACAGUGUUCAACCCGGAAGAGUCGAGCUACUACGUCUGCCGCGAAUUCUCGACGCCCGACCGCAUCGUCUUUGUGACGGGCAACUUUUACCAGGACGAGCUCCUGCCCUCGAAUUUGCAGUGGUGCAACCGCAUGUGCUGGUUUGUCCUCGAGCGUGUGUCGCCGACCAAGACGCGGCUCCGCGCGGUCUUCUUCAACGCGUCGUACAUUGUCGAUGGCCGCCACAUCUCGUGGCGCGAAGACGCGGCCAUGUCCGAAUUUGAUUUGGGCGACGGCUCGGAGGAAGCGCAGAUGCUCCGCUUCAAACAAGCACUCGAAGAGGCGUACUACCCGAUGGUCCACACCGACCACCACACGCUCCUCGAGUGGGCUCUGUAGUCGCAUCAUGUACACAAGAAAUGCCGAUGCCACGUUGUACAUUGUGUGUUUGCAUGAACUGAAA